CUCCCUCCUCUGCAGGCAUCUCCUUGGACGAUUAUAUGUCAAUGAUCAGCUGUGCUGUAAUCACAGCUGCGCAGAGACACAUAUCCACCAGACAGGAGAGAAAUCAUAUAUUCAUCUGGACUACGGGGCUGCAGCUGCGAAAAUGUCUUCUCAGGCAGAGUUUGAGAAGAUGGCAGAGGAUGUGAAGAAGGUGAAGACGAGGCCUACGGACCAGGAGUUGCUGGACCUGUAUGGCCUUUAUAAGCAGGCCAUCGUUGGAGAGAUUGACACCGAAAGACCAGGAAUGCUGGACUUAAAAGGAAAAGCCAAGUGGGACGCCUGGAGCUCCAGGAAAGGAAUGUCCAAGGACGAUGCCAUGUCUGCCUACAUCACACUUGCAAAGGAGGUCAUCAGCAAAUAUGGCAUGUAAGGCUCGCAAUGAACUGAAGAGGCAAAAUUAAUGCAAAAAGUCGACUAACUCAAUAACUGAAACAAUGCUGCUGUCUCUAUGACAAGUAGCCACCUGAUUUCAGAGGCCAUAAUUAUGCAGGAUGAAGUGUAACUUAAAUUUUUAUUAUAUUUUUUUUUUAAUAUCUUUUUUAUGAUCUAUCUUCUUUUUUUACAUAGAUUACUAAUUGAACAACUUAUAUGCUUCCUUUAAGGUUAGAAAUAUUGAAUUUGCUAAUUGCUAUUUUAUCUGAUCUAUGUAGUUUAUUCUUGUAAUCCACGUGUCAACAGCAAUAUACAAGUGCACUUUGAUAUGUAGCUUGAUUUCUAAACAGGACAAAUUAAAUGCUGUGAAAACAUGAAAAUAAAACCUCUGUGCACUGUU